CUCAAAAUGGCAACUACACACACUCCCCAUUUUGAUAGAGUUCAUUUCAGUGCCAGCAGCAGUGACAUCUCACUCUCUGGUGAGAUUGGGGCUCAUAGGAACUCGUCGGUAUCAGAUUGCUUGUCAGAGGUGGAUUUGGAGAGUGGAGCUUUGGAUAUGGAGGUGCAUUUGGACAACAAGACUCAGAGAGAUUGUAGAAUUUGUCACUUGGGUUUGGAGACUAGCGAGCAAGAAUGUGGAGGAGCUAUUGAGUUGGGGUGUUCCUGUAAGGGUGAUUUGGGUGCUGCACACAAGAAAUGUGCAGAGACUUGGUUCAAAAUCAAGGGUAACACGACAUGCGAGAUAUGUGGUGCCACUGCACUUGGUGUUGCAGGCGAGCAGACAAAUGUGGCACAUAAUGCUAGUGCUGCAGUCUUAUUAGCACCAGCAGGUCCUCUGAUCCUUGUGGAGACCCAAACAUUUUGGCAUAGUCGCCGCAUUAUGAAUUUCUUGCUUGCCUGCAUGGUGGUGGCCUUUGUCAUUUCUUGGCUCUUUCACUUUAAAAUCCUCUCUUGAACUGAGAAGCAAGUCGUGGCAUUUUAUUGGCAUCAGGGACGAGGUGCGACCCCCAUUCCAUCAAGUGCCUGUUUUUGAUGCUCUAUUCCUUCUCUUAGCCUGUGCCACAUCUGUAACUUACCCGUCUCUGUAACUUACACAUAAAUUGUUGGCUUCUUUACUUGCAACUCCUGCCUGUUGUCCUUUCUAUGUUUAAGAGCCAUAGUUUCCAAUUUUGGAUGAUUGUAGUAUCUGGAGCAGAGAUGAAUCUCUGUUUGGUUAUUAUCA